AGCCUUCUUCGAUGUCUGCUUUGCGGAAACUGAAUACAACUACGAACCAUCGAAGCCGAAGUCCAAGUAUCAUAAGCUGCUAUCUCAACGACGAUUAAGAGCUAUGAUGCCCAAAUGGUUCCGGUGGCCGCAAACAACACUUUUAUCAAGAAGUGGUUUCGUUCUUUCUGUUUUCGAGAUUCUUGAAGAUAUCAAAGAGUCAAGCCUACAGAAUAAUAUUACCAUCAAAUUAGCGGUAGUUUCUGUGCUAGGUUGGAUACGUAACGAGUGGGGAGAUCUCAUCGACGAAGCAUGUCUACUUGCAGAUAUAGAACUCUACGAACAACCCCAUGUAAAGGCUGAGAUAGCCGCCAAAACGGCACCUAAAGGAGGUUCGGUACUUAUUCUCGACCAUGGAUCAUAUCAUCUAGAUAUUGUUUAUGCUGCCUGGGACAUUCAAGAAAAAGCUUAUAAGCCGAAGCAAUCCGUGGGAAUGACUGAUAUGGGAACAAGUAGGAUGAUCAAGGAUCUGACUUUCCGUGUCUUAUUUGCAUACAAUGCAAAUGCAAAUGUGACAGAAGAUGACCGGCGUUGGCCAAUAGCUGCUGGACUCGAUGAUAUUGCCCAGGAGGUUGCUUUGGCCCGAAACGAGAUCAAAUAUGGGAUAGGACGAGCAGAGUCUCAGGCCAUAAUCGGUCAAGACACAAGCAUCAAUAUUACGGAGCCAUCUGGACGACUACGAAUUGUGAAUGUUACGAGUCAAGACAUCGUACAUGUUCAGGAGCAGUACAUGGCGGCAAUAAGUAAGAGUAUCCGCACUGCCUUGAUUCAAAACGAUCUGAUGGCCGAGUACUUCCGGCCUUCACAGAGCUCCAGAAGACGGACAAUGUAAAGCAGAACUCUUUGAAGGAAUAUCUGGAAAGCUGGGGAACUGGGUACGAUCUACUAGCCAUGAAAUCUGACCCUCCACCCAACACGUCUUGGUACAAACCUGUCGACUCUCUCAUUCUCCUUGACAAAGGAUACGAUGCCGACACUAUACGACUUGGAGCGGAGCGGGCUGCAGGUCCACAU